AUGAUGAAGAACAAGAGAGGGUACGCGUGGGCAAUAUCAGCUGGGCUCAACGCUGCCUUAGCUGCCAUAUCCGCCAAGCUUUUUACCUCUGAGAUUAUCAGAUAUGGUUUGGUACUACUCUUCAACCUCACAAUGUGGGCAUCUUAUGUCAACAGCCUUAGAUCCCUCUCUUCUCUUCAAGCUACAGUCACCAAUUUCGCUACCAACUUCCUCACAUCUGGCCUUGCCGGGUACUUUUUGUUUGAAGAGCCAUUGUCAAUUCAGUGGUUUUCUGGUGCUUUGCUUAUCGUAGUUGGGGUUCUCAUCCUUAGUAAAUCAAGUAUUCACAACAACAAGGCCUUGAAGACAGAGUAAAGCUUAGCUAAGUGUAAAUCUCUUUCUUUCUAUCUUUUCUAAACUGAAUAUUAGACUUUGUUGACAAUGGAUAAUGAUUCUAUAUAAAUCUGCCAUUGCAAUUUAUUCAUUUGUGUUAUUGUUGGGGGAAUUCUUACUGUUUGAUAUGUAUGCAGUAUUGGGAUUAUAUCAUAUGCCUUUACAAAAUUGUAGUAA